AUGUCGAUCCAACCUCGCUACAUCCCUAUCAAUCCAAAUGAACCACAAGAUAUCGCAUCAUCUAAACCCGUCCUCCGUACUAUAGACAACGCCACUUUCUUAGCAUCCAAAGUUCCAGAGAUAUACACCAAAGACUCGCCCCUGGAUCCCACAGAGCUGGACCUCGAGGACACCAAAAGCCCCGACGAUCCACCAACCUUCAACACAAAACUAGCCUCAGUGAUCAUCCCGCACGCCACUCUCUCUCUAUCCCGCAUCCUCAACCACCCCAGCAUCAUCUCCCUCGUCGACGUUGUCCAGACCUCAGCUCUCAACGGCAGCACCUCAGAAGCUGGCGAGUAUGGCGAUAUCACCAUAUGGGAAGACAUGAAUGCCGGCUCACUGGCCUAUCUCAUGCGCUCCGCUCACUCCUUACCGGGCUUCGCAGACACAGCUGCCUGGCACAGACUCGCCUCUCCAAACCAAGCCCGUCCUUCGCUGCCCGAAUCGCUCUGCUGGCAUGUGCUGCGAUCCAUUUCGCGCGCUCUACUGUGGUUGCAUCACGGUGUCAAAGAGACGGAGGGCAUUCCGGGAGAAUGGGUCAAGCAUGAUGAGGACUGGCAGGCGGUUCUGAUUAUGGAUGUCAGUCCGGGUCAGAUCUGGUUCAAGAAGCCGACGGGAACCAAAGGGGAAUUUUAUGGCGAGUGUAAGUUGGGUGGUUUCCAGUGGGCCAAAGUUUGUGGGAGUGUCGGGGCGAGAGUGGCUAUGGGGCAGAGAGUUGAGGAUGCGCCAAUUGCCAAGCAGUGGUAUUGGGCUCCUGAGGUCUACAACCACACCCAAUCCUGGACCCGUGCCAGUGAACUCUGGUCUUUGGGAGCAGUCAUCUAUACUAUGAUGACGGACAUGCCUCCACCACGUAUCUACUCUUACGACUGGCAAAUCUCCCGUAUGAACGAUAAAGGGUAUUCCCAGGGUCUCAGGAAUAUCGUUGGUGAUAUGCUAAAGCCUGAGCCCGCCGAUAGACCCGCUGUUUUGGACUUGGUGUCUACAAUUGAAUCUGAGUGGAGAAGUUGGAGAGCCAAUACCCGGGAAGGUCAAGAAUUUGUUGAUGUUGAAGAUCAGGAUGCUGCGAGGAGAGUAUUUGGUGUUACUAGGGGCCUGCUUCUGUGA